GUAAACGUUGUGGCGCCUUCAAAGUCUGAACGGAGAUACGGGGCGCGCUCUCUCUCUCCUUCCUGUUUGUUGGACUAAUACUUCUGAUCGAUGAAAAAUGCCGUUGUCGGACAUCGUAACUGCCUCUAAAGUUCCGUUUGCGGCCCCUUCUCUUCCCAGUGGCAAUGGCAAGUAUACUUGCAAGAACCAUUUGCCGCCAAAAUCCUAUGGGAAUUUGGUCACCCGCAAAAUGGCUGCGCAAACUGUCUCCAGAAACCUCAAAUUCGUGAGGAAUUCGGCUUCGGGGGAUAUGGAGACAAGUUCGGUUGGGCUUGAUGUGUCAUUUCCUAGCGACUAUUCUGAGCUCAUUGAACAAGCCCGAAAUGCAACUGAAUUGGCUGUGAAGGAUAACAAGCAGUUGAUGGAGAUUGAGUUCCCUACGUCCGGACUUGAAUCCGUACCAGGUUCCUUCCGCCAGCUGAUAUAUGUUUAUAGUUCGUUCCAAUUAAUUCGAGAAUUUUGCAACCGUUUAAUAGUUCCAGAGAAAGCUAGACAGACGAGAAUAUUUUUUCCCGAGGCCAACGAAGUUAAAUUUGCAAGAGAAUCAAUAUUUGAUGGUGCUUCCUUUAAGUUGGACUAUCUGACAAAGCCAUCAUUCUUUGAGGACUUUGGUUUUGUGGAGAAAGUGAAAAUGAUAGACCGUGUGAAGCCAGAAGAUGAACUCUUCCUUGCUGCCUAUCCGUAUUUUAAUGUCACCGAAAUGCUUGUGGUCGAAGAACUUUACAGAGAAGCUGUUCAGAACACUUCCAGGAAACUGAUUAUUUUCAAUGGGGAACUUGACCGUAUAAGAUCUGGAUAUUAUCCGCCCUUCUUCUACCCGAAGCUCGCUGCACUUUCCAAGAGCCUAUUUCCAUUUAUGGAGACUGUGUACUACAUUCACAAUUUUAAGGGACGCCACGGAGGGACCCUUUUUAGGAGCUACCCAGGUCCAUGGAAAGUCCUCAGAAAGGUAAGGAACGGAUACGUCUGUUUGCAUCAGCAGGAAGCCAUGCCGUCGCUCAAGGAAGUUGCUUUAGAUAUUCUUCCAUCGGCCUGAGCGAGCGUUUAGGAUUAUACAGUACGAUUCUAAGAUGUUAUGAAGCAUUCUCAAGUACAGAAACUUAAUCUUCAGUCAGUCACUGUGAGAUAUGUAUAUAACAUUUUCUUGUCAAAAGUCUCAUGGAUUUACUACUCGUGUAGAAUGCAAUAUUAACAAGAUAUGGAGGUAAUCUACUCGUGUAGGAUGCAAA